CCCCUCCUGACUCAUCCGCCCCCGGUGGCCGCGCGGCAUCGCUGCCCGAGCCCCGCCGAGAUGGGGAGGAAGACGGAGGCUGCCGGCGGCUGCCGAGAUUUCUGCUGACGCCCCCGACCCCAACGCCGCCUCCUCCGCUCGUCUCCGGUGGCGCCAGACGUCCCAUCAGCUCUUGGGGUGAGAGCCCGGAGAAGCGACUGUACCUCCAAGUCCCCGUGCUCAGGACAGAAAAAAAGACUGAGCUAUGAUAGCGACUGGUGGAGUGAUAACUGGCCUGGCUGCCUUGAAAAGGCAAGACUCGGCCAGAUCACAGCAUCACGUCAACCUCAGCCCAUCGCCUGCUGCCCAAGAGAAGAAACCAGUCAGGCGUCGACCUCAGGCUGAUGUUGUGGUUGUUCGAGGCAAAAUCCGGCUUUAUUCCCCCUCUGGUUUCUUCCUCAUUUUAGGAGUGCUUAUUUCCAUUAUAGGAAUUGCGAUGGCAGUUCUUGGAUAUUGGCCCCAAAAAGAACAUUUUAUUGACACUGAGACCACGUUGUCAACAAACGAAACUCAGGUCAUUCGGAACCAAAGUGGUGUGGUGGUUCGCUUCUUUGAGCAGCAUUUACAUUCUGAUAAGAUGAAAAUGCUUGGUCCUUUCACAAUGGGGAUUGGCAUUUUCAUUUUCAUUUGUGCUAAUGCCAUUCUUCAUGAGAACCGUGACAAAGAAACCAAAAUCAUACACAUGAGAGACAUCUAUUCCACAGUCAUUGACAUCCACACACUAAGAAUCAAGGAGCAGAAGCAUAUGAAUGGCAUGUACUCUGGUGUGAUAGGAGAAACAGAUGUUAAACAGAAUGGGAGCUCCUGUGCAUCGAGACUGGCAGCAAACACCAUUGCCUCUUUCUCAGGUCUUAGGAGCAGUUUUCGGAUGGACAGCUCUGUUGAAGAGGAUGAGCUUGUGCCAAAUGAAAAUAAGAGUCUGGGGCAUCUUAUGCCGCCUUUGCUGUCUGACAGCUCUGUCUCUGUCUUUGGCAUCUACCCACCUCCUUCCAAGACAACUGAGGAUAAGACCAGCUGCUCUAAGAAAUGUGAAACCAAGUCAAUUGUAUCAUCAUCCAUCAGUGCUUUCACAUUGCCUGUGAUCAAACUUAAUAACUGUGUUAUUGAUGAGCCCAGUAUAGAUAACAUCACGGAGGAUGCUGAGAACCUCAAAAGUAGGUCAAGGAAUUCGUCCAUGGAUUCCCUUGUGGUCCCUUUGCCCAACACCAGUGAGUGCUUCCAGCCCAUCAGCAUGGCACUGCCGAGGAAUAAUUCCAUCGGAGAGUCAUUGUCUAGUCAAUACAAGUCCACUGUGGCCCUUGGACCUGGGGCUGGACAGCUGUUGUCUCCCGGGGCUGCUAGAAGACAGUUUGGGUCCAACACAUCCUUGCAAGUACUGUCAUCACAUUCAAAAUCCCUAGACUUAGACCGAGGUCGCUCCACCCUAACUGUUCACGCAGAACAACGGAAACAUCCAAGUUGGCCUCGGUUGGAUCGAAGCAACAGCAAAGGAUACGUGAAACUCGAGAACAAAGAGGACCCAAUGGAGAGGUUGCUUGUGCCCCAAGCUGCAAUCAGGAAAGACUUUACCAAUAAGGAGAAGCUUCUUAUGAUUUCAAGAUCUCACAAUAAUUUGAGUUUUGAACAUGAUGAGUUUUUGAGUAACAACCUAAAGAGGGGAACUUCUGAAACAAGAUUUUAAUGUUUUGAAAUAUAUCAUUUUACAACACUAUAUAUUUUAAAACUAUUUUCAGCAGUGUGUCCUUGUUAAAGCAUUGUUUAUAAACAUUUUUAAUCAAAUGGUUUGUAGUAUAUUAGACCUGGCUGCUUAAUUCUGUAAUGGAGAUAGUUGUAUGCUUGGGUUACAAGAUGCGGUACUCUAUAUUAUCACAUAUGAUUUUAUUUUUUCCAUUCAUUUGAAAGCAUGAUCUCUUUUAUUAAUAUGAAUACAAAAUACUUCCACUCGAAUUAAAGCUCAUUUCCUUUACUUUUAAUUUUCUCAUUGAUAAUCAUAUUCAUAGAAUGAAGUGUCCACUUUUGAAAAGGUAUACCAGGAACCAAAGUGUGGACUAGGAGUACCAAAUUCAGGCCCAAGCCAUCAUAUUUUUUUAUGAAUGAGUAGGAGUGCAAAUCUUAGGUGUGCUUUUCUGAAUAAUUUUUUUUGUAUAGAAUUGGUUAGAUUAUUUAAAAGAAAAAAGAUCUAGCUUCUGUGUGGGGCUAAAUAAUAUGAAUUGGUUGAAUUGUCUGUGAGCUACUUGAUAUGAAUUGGUUAAGUUGGUAGCUAGAUAUUUUUUAACAUCAGUACUAUGUAGUAAUAUUUUAUCAAGGAGCCAUAUAUUCAAGAGUUAUGGCUGAGAAUGCAAGAUAUUCCUUGGGGUAAGAAAUCAAAUUCUAUCAGCUAUUACUCUAAAUAUCCAGAAUCAAAAUUUCUUUGCAACUCACUUAAAAAAUGAAUGGACUAAUUAAGUUUUUGAAAUGCUACUUUAAAAUAGUAAUAAUAUACAUGAAG